AUGGCGUCGCCUGGAUUGGAUGAGUUGUCGGCGAUCUGGAAGUCGUGGUUGGAAGAGGAGUCAGAAAAGGCGGUUCAAGCGUUCAUCGACCGCUUGACAGAUACUCCAGAACCCAGACCGAGAGACCCGGAAGAAACCGCAGACUGGCUGGCAGCCGUUCCUGUCUUGGCGGGCAGCACAACCAGCGCUGCUUCGACCGCAGCGGACGCCUUCCACUCGAAACCGAUAAAAAACCAGGAGACAAGAGGAUGCCAGACGAGCCACAAGGACGUGGGGAGCCACAAGGACGUGGGGAGCCACAAGGACGUGGGGAGCCACAAGGACGUGGGGAGCCACAAGGGCCUGGCGAGUCAGGGAGAAUGCCGGCAGGCAGACGGGGAAGGACAAGACAACGAGAAGGCCACCCGCGGCAGGGCGACCUCCACGACCACAUGGGGCCGUCCGGCCUUUUGCUCUCUAUCGCCGGAUUUCACGCUGGGUCGUGCGGCGGCGCAGGGUGUGCCACCGUCGACCUUGGCCAAAGCACGUCCGAACCCGCGAAGCCGCAAGGCUACUAUUUCGGAAACUGCCGCUGGUGCGCGACCCCCGUUACGGCCCGAAGUGAAGGGGGACGGCGAAGCGAAGAGGGGCGGUGAAGUGAAGCCCAAGGACAUACACGCGGAUGAAGCCAGGGGUGAGGCUGUGCUUGGUGACGCAGAAGAUGGGGACGCGGGAGAGGGGAAUGUGGCAGAGGGGGGUUUGGGGAAUGAUCACGAGAGGAAUGAUCACGAGAGGAAUGAUCACGAGAGGAAUGAGCACGAGAGGAAUGAUCACGAGAGGAAUGAUCACGAGACACCGAAGGCCUUAGAAGUUGGCGCGUCUGCACUCUCCCAGGGCGAUUUCUCCACAGCCAAAAGCAGUCUCUCCGAAGGCGGCUAG